AUGAGUCAAGAUACCAAAGUAAGUAGAAAGUACUGGUUGAACAGUAAGGGUAAAGAGGACAUGAGUCAUGUAAGUAAGAAGUACCAGUUGGGCGGUAAGGGCAUAGGGUCAUAUUCCAGUCAAGCGCUCAGUGUGAGGCCACUCAAACUGUCUUAUCCAACCUUCAGCACCAAUCCCUUCACCCAAUGCCUCCCAGGAAGAAAGCCAGAUGUACUUCUCCAGGCAAUAAUUCUGGGAAGGAUGCCAAACCUGCACAAUGAGGUGUAUGAUCUAAUCAAGGUGUUGGAGGUCACAUUGCCCAGCUGCAAAAAGCUGGCUCCUGCAAAGAUAUCUGUGAAAGCCAGCACUGUAUGGCCAGAGCGCCAACAUGCUCACUCUCCACAUCCCUUCCUGCACACUGCCCACCAUUCUGAUAGGUUUGGGCUUAAGCCACUGUAUGCUACUGAUGGUGACAAUCAGGAUGUGACCUAA